UCUAAAUUGCCCCAUCUCUGGCGAACGAGUCCCAAAUAAGCUAUGGGACACUGGCCUAGCCGAAAACGAAGAAGCGCUUUUAUGGGUAUCAAUACUCUUGUCCGGAGCCCACGUUCUCUCUCUAUCAUGUGAGAACUCCAAUUUCUCCCAAUCUCACUCCUGGAGAUCUGAUAUAAUCGUGCAACUUAUUCGUGUUACUAAGAUGAAGCUGUGUUUAUGUUGUGGAGUUGUGUGUGUUUGAGAACUUAAUACAUGGAUAAGGAUAGAGCGCCAAGCCUGGGAGGGGGUUCACUGCCUCCAUGUGGGAGAUAUUCUCCUUUUGCUUCAUCCAAUGAUGGUUUCAGUGGGAAUCCAGAGCCUUCUAGAUCAUUCAAUUUGCCUCCAUUAGUGGGUGCUUCAGGCACAAGCCAUUUUGGUAUUGGAGCGACUUCAGAUUCAAAUUGCUUCAGUCAGGAUAUUAGCCAAAUGCCUGAAAACCCACCAAAGAAUUUGGGCCACCGACGUGCCCACUCUGAGAUUCUUGCACUUCCUGAUGACAUCUGUUUUGAUAGUGAUCUCGGAAUCGUUGGUGGAUUUGAUGGACCAUCAUUGUCAGAUGAGAAUGAAGAGGACCUUCUCUCUAGCUAUUUUGAUAUGGAUAAGUUUAAUUCAUCCUCUGCCACUUCAUCAUUCCUAGGUCAUGGCUCAUCUUCUUCACCAGCUGCUUCACCAGCUGGUGUUUCGGGCUCAUCCCAGGCUCCUUCAUCAGCGACACCAUUAGCUGGUAAUGUUACUUCUGCUGUUAGUGAGAAACCCAGAAUAAGACAUCAGCACAGUCAGUCAAUGGAUGGUUCAACUACCAUCAACCCAGAAAUGCUGAGAUCAGGCGCCGAUGAACCUUCUACUGCCGAAUCUAAAAAAGCCAUAUCUGCUGCUAAUCUUGCUGAGCUUGCCCUUAUUGAUCCAAAGCGUGCAAAGAGGAUCUGGGCCAACCGGCAAUCAGCCGCUAGAUCGAAGGAAAGGAAAAUGAGGUAUAUAGCUGAGCUUGAGAGGAAAGUCCAAGCUUUGCAGACAGAAGCCACUUCGUUGUCUGCACAAUUCACCCUGUUGCAGAGAGAUACAAAUGGUCUGAAUGCUGAAAACAAUGAGCUUAAGCUGCGAUUGCAAACAAUGGAACAGCAGGUGCAUCUGCAAGAUGCCUUAAAUGAUGCCCUAAAAGAGGAAAUACAGCAUCUCAAAGUGUUAACUGGCCAAGGAAUGGCGAAUAGUGGGCCUAUGAUGAUGAACUUUGCUCCGCCCUUGGGAGGGGGGAACCACCAAUUCUAUCCCAACAAUAACCACGCGAUGCACGCUUUGUUAACCGCUCAGCAGUUUCAGCAGCUCCAGUUGCAUUCUCAAAAGCCACAGCCACAGCAGUACCACCAACCACCACCUCCUCGCGUGAACCCCCCAGAUAAGCAGCCGCACCAAUCCACCGACUCCAAAAUGAGAAGCUCGUUAUCUGCGAGUGCUCUGAACGAGCAUCCUUCAACUUAACAAGCCAACAGAUAAAAGUUCCUGUUGUCAGUGUUGAACAAUCACAAAAAAAACCUGUAAUGGUUCUCUCUAACUAAUUAGUUGGUUUUGUAGGAUGCAGAAGAAGCACAAUUCCAUCUCUUAUCUUCUUUAGGGGAAGAGUUUGUCAUAGUCUUAUGUCCCCAAAUGCAGCUCAUUUGCAGAUUUGACUGCUCUUCCUCUGAUCAUAGGGUUCUGGAUUUGAAGAAGUCCUGAUUAUAUGGCUGAAGAGCUUUUCUGUCUAUGGUAUUAAUUUUUUUUUUUUUUGCCAUUGUAGCUGACUGUUUCUUUGGAUGCACAACAUUGUUUUAUUUGAUGCUUUGCUCUAUAGUUGAUUAAAUUGCAAGGUUUUUU